ACCAACUUCAAUAUCUAACAGUUGUCGCUAGACGCCACCUACUCAUUGUUCGUUUGCGCAACUCUUCUAUACACUUCUUUCUCCGCCCAUCACUGUCCCUCAGUAUCAACCCUUCUCGUUCCAUCGAACAAAAUCAAAAUCCGUAUUCCCAAAAUGGCAGCAAUAUCAGGGAAGGUUGUCCAACAUAAUCUGGUAGCAAAGUGCUGCCAGCAGAAUAGGGAAUUGAGCACCAAAUAUCAACUGCACUAUUGUACCCUUAAUAGGUGCAAUUCGCUUCCUCCUGUAGGAGGGAAGUUGGCAUGGAAUGGCAACUCCACCAUGCAACGGGGCGCAUUGUCAAAAUUUAGGCGAGGAGUUAUUUAUUGCAAUGCUGCCUCAUCGGCCACUGCAAUUCCGUUUGUUGAGAAAAGCGACUUUCUUAAGCUUCAGAAUGGCAGUGAUAUACGUGGAGUAGCCGUUGAUGGAGUUGAGGGAGAACCUCUUACUCUCACGGAGCCAGUUACAGAAGCAAUAGCAGCAGGGUUUGCUGGCUGGUUGAAAAAGAAAUAUGAUUCUUCUAAACGUCUAAGAGUCUCCAUCGGUCAUGACUCACGAAUUUCUGCGCAGAAGUUGCAGGAUGCAGUUUCUCAAGGACUUGCUAGAGCUGGAGUUGAAGUCAUCCAGUAUGGAUUGGCAUCCACACCAGCCAUGUUCAACAGCACUCUUACAGUAGAUGAAGAAUUUUCCUGUCCAGUGGAUGGCUCCAUAAUGAUUACAGCAAGCCAUCUUCCCUACAACAGGAAUGGGUUCAAAUUCUUUACACGUGCUGGAGGUCUUGGAAAGCCAGACAUCAAAGAUAUCUUGGAGCGAGCUGCAGAGAUAUACAAAAAUAUUGCAAAUGAAGAUUCUAAGGGGGCGGAAACAGCUGUUUCUCUAUCUGUUAAAAGAGUGGAUUACAUGUCCAUUUAUGCCUCUAAUCUUGUGGCAGCAGUCCGCAGAGCUGCAGGAAAUAUAGAAAAGCCACUGGAAGGAUUCCAUAUCGUAGUUGAUGCAGGGAACGGAGCAGGGGGAUUCUUUGUAGGAAAGGUGCUUGAGCCUCUGGGUGCUAUUACUUCUGGUAGUCAGUUCUUGGAACCAGAUGGUUUGUUUCCCAAUCAUAUACCUAACCCAGAGGAUAAAACAGCCAUGAAAGCUAUCACCAAGGCAGUACUCGAUAACAGGGCUGAUUUGGGAAUCAUCUUUGAUACAGAUGUUGACAGGUCUGCAGCUGUGGAUUCGAGUGGUCGUGAAUUUAACCGAAAUCGUUUGAUUGCUUUAAUGUCUGCAAUUGUUUUGGAGGAACAUCCUGGGACCACUAUUGUCACAGACAGUGUUACAUCAGAUGGGCUGACAACAUUUAUUGAAAAGAAACUAGGAGGGAAGCAUCACAGGUUCAAAAGAGGAUACAAGAAUGUAAUUGAUGAAGCUAUUCGUCUGAACUCUGUUGGUGAGGAAGCACAUUUGGCUAUUGAAACUAGUGGCCAUGGAGCUCUAAAGGAGAAUCAUUGGCUUGAUGAUGGUGCAUACCUUAUGGUGAAGUUACUGAAUAAGCUUGCAUCAGCUAGAACAUCGGGACAAGGAAGCGGCAGCAAAGUCUUGACUGACAUGGUGGAGGGUCUUGAAGAACCAGCUGUUGCUGUUGAACUUAGACUAAAGAUCGAUAAUCAAUCAGAUCUUAUAGGAGGAUCCUUCCGUGAUUAUGGGGAAGCAGUGUUGAAGCAGCUUGAGAAUACAGUUGACUCAGAUGCUAAGCUUCUAAAAGCACCUGUUAACUAUGAAGGGGUUAGAGUUUCUGGUUAUGGAGGGUGGUUCCUUCUAAGACUUUCACUACAUGACCCUGUUCUACCCCUUAAUAUUGAGGCACCAAGCAACGAGGCUGCUGUAAAACUUGCUCAUGAUGUGCUUAAUGCUGUGAAAGAGUUCACCGCCCUUGAUACCUCCGCCUUGACUAAGUUUGUUGGAGCAUGAGUAUGAGCAGUUGUGCUUGCAUUUAUCUGUUAUCUAGAUGAUCAUCAACGUUUGGACAACCUGACCACGGGGCCACUGAUGUGUUUUUGGAUCUUUCAUAACUUGGAAAUGCUGGCAUAGAAAAGUUUUCUUUCACAAAUCAAGAGCUGUAUGUAAUAAAGUUAUACUGUCUGCAAACAACAUAAAAAUGUGAAUGAUAGGUACCCAGAGACAGUUGUGAUUACUUCGUUUAUAUUAGUUGUUUGGUGCAUCCUUUACCUCAAGGAAUACAGAUAUCCAAGGCCGAUUGGAACUUUGCCUUGAAUAGGACUCCAUUAUGGUUUGUCAACACCAGACAUCAUGUAGAAAGAAAAAUCUGUCCUUGCUACACACUUCAACCUGGGGGAACCACGAAACGAUGCUCAAGUCUCCAUUUCUGGUUAUAGGAACAAGUUGAUGGGCUAUAUAAUAAAUUGUAUUACUACUUUUGAUUUUUGUAUCCUAUUUCUGAAAAUAUAAAAAAAUGAAAUUCAGUAGUUAACUCUUUGGGGGUUUUUUCGUCUUUUUUUUUCUUCUCUUGGAGGAUAUGGGUAGAGUGAAAUUGAAAAUUACCAUGAAACUUGGACUAUUCUGAUGAGUUUGGAGGUUGUUAUCCGUCAAAUACAAGAAUUUAAGCAGGAGUUUUGGUUAUUCUUA